AAUAAUGACCGAUAGUUAUAAAAUGUUUCUUAAUCAAAUUGUUUCGAAUUAAAAUUUUUACUGUGUUUCGUUAUUUGAGGUAUGCAAAUAUCGCUUUUAAAAUUCUGGUAAAAAUGUAUCUGAAAUGUCCCGAACAUAGGGUACAAAACGAGAUAUGAUGCGUAAGAAUUCAGGGUGUAUAAAGAAAUAAUGUCUUCAGAAUUGUCAAGUAAACCUGGUCUUGCUGCAGAGCAAGCCGAGAUAUCUCCCUUAAAUGGCUUGGCAUCAGUUUCCAACACUGAACUCAGUGCCAUCAAAGAUGACUCUUCAUGCUGUGCAGAAACUAAAGAAAGUUUGGUUGUGCAGUCAGAAACUCAUGCAUUGUUUCAAAUAUUUUCUGACAUUCAUCAACAACGAAUGAUAGAUAUUGACAAAAAUGAGUCUUUUGAUUUGAACAGGAAAAAUGAAGAAAAACUUACAAUUUUGCAGUCAUAUGUUGAUCAGCUUCAAGAGCAGAAUUUUGUUUUGAUCUCCACACUUUCAGAAUUAGAAAAGGAAAUGCAUCAGAGAGUUAAACAAAUGGAAAAACGCCUAAAAUCAAGUGCAAAAACCACAAUGGAAGCAGUAAUUAAUAUUAGUGAUUGUGAAAAGGAAAUUACAAGAAUAGUAGAAGAACGCUUAUGCAUUGAGUCGUUAUUUGGUAAUUUGGCACAACAUUUUUCAUCAAUAAAAAUGGAAAAUACGUAUUUGCGUGACCAAAAUUUAAAUUUAAAACAUGAUGUUCAAGCUCUAUUACAUGUCAUUCAUCAUGCUCGCUCAUCUGGACAUUGGGAGAUGGAUUGCAUAACAUUUUGUGAAGUAACACCUGAACAAGUAUUUGGUCCAGUGCAGUCAUUAUCAAAAAUGCAAUUAACUGAUUUUCCCAAAAAGGAGUUUUAUACUUCAAAUAAUGGAGGAAAGAUUGUAUCUGCAAACAUUUCAACACCUGAGGUCUUGAGCUCAACUUCAUCCAGCCCGAGAAUUCGACAUUUAUGUAGAAGCCUUGUAAAAGAUAAUCCGAAAGUUCCCAUGCAACAUAGUAUCCCUACACUGCUCAAUCCUGAAAGUACAGCUUUGCAUUCAACUAAAAAUAGCUUCCUGCCUAACUGCAUUUCAUUACCUGAUAUUGGUAAUAUUUAUAGUUGUGUUGAUGUGGUGCGCAAGUCAUAUUCUUAUCAAGGUAUAGAUUGUACUGAAAAAAUGUAUGUUUUAGAUCAUCCAACUAGAAAUGUUUCAUCUGAUAUUAUUAAUAAGGACAAAUCUGCUUCUCCAACUCAUAAAGUAAAUGAUAAAAAAUAUGACUAUGAAUUUGGUGUUAGUCGAGCACAAAGUGAACCUCAUCUCUUCAUGUUUGGUGACGACAUUUAUGUGUACCGACCAUGUGAACAUAUCAAAAAAGCAUCAAAUAUUGCCUUGCAUGAUGAUUUUCACUUAAAUUUUCCACCGUGUCAAAGUAUUGAUUUGAAAUUUCCUAGUGAAGAUUCAAGUUUAAAAGUUUGUGAUUGGGACUUCAUUAGCAAGAAUUCAAAGUGCCCUGUGUCUAACCAUUCUUAUCACAAGGAAAGUAUUUUUGUUUGCAUAAUUGAGAAUUACAUUGUCUGUGUUGUGGAUUUCAGUAGUUCUUCUUUGUCUAGUGAUUCAGAGAUUCAAAAGAAAUCAAGCAAUGGCUCUUAUCAUGACAAUUCAAAGCAGACAUUUUCCAGAACUCCUUUGACAGAUAAUUCUAAAUAUAAAAAUAAUUUGGACAAUUGCACUCUUACUCAUUCCAUCAGGAAGCAUAACUUACAUGAAAGCCUUAAUACUGACUUAGUUUCCUCAGCUGUGCAGACUGAAAAAGCAUCAGAGUUUGUUUCCAUUGGUAUUCAAGCUGAUGUGAACUGGGUUGGAAUAAAUUUUGAAAAUGGAAAUGAAAAUGGGGACCUAGGUUUGGAUAUUCUGCAAGUUAAGAAAACUGUGCAGUAUUUAAAGGAAAAUGCUUUGAAGGCAGAAAACAAAGCUGAAGCAAAAGGAAUGCUGAUUGAGCAACUGCAAAACCAUCUUCAUUCCAUAGUGCAUGAAAGAGAUUUAAAAGAUCAAGCAUUCCUUAAUUUGGAAAAGAAACUUGAACAAUCCCGUGCAAAGUGUUCUUCAUUUAAAAAAGAAAUGUCAGCAUUAAAUACUAAACUCAACAAUGUGUAUGAUCAGCUUCAAGAUCUACAAAUGCUAAAUGAUAAUUUAGCCCUAAAGGUGGAUAUCAAAGAAGAAAAAAUUGAAGAACUUUUGAAAGAACAGAAAGUGUUACAGGAACAGAAACGUGCCUUGAUGACUCAGUUAGAUGCUCAGGGGGACAACUUAGAAUGUACUAAAAAUGAAUUGGAUUCUGUGAAAACACAGCUUCAGAAAUGUUCUCUUCAAAUGGAACAGCAAAGUUCAAUUAUAAGAAAUUUACAAGAAGCACUUGUGCAAUCUAAGCGUGCCUUUGAUGCAGCAUAUCCUUCAGUUUUUUCAUCUAAUCCAUCCUUAAGUACUUUAGGGAAUGACUUGAGAUCAUCAUCUAAAAGUUCUAUUGUAGAUAUUUGAUGGUUUAUAAAAAUUAGGCAUUAAAUAUAAAUUAAUAUUUUUUUAAUAUAUAAAAGCUAAGUUUCUAAAAAACUGAGUGCAUGUUCUAAAUGUGCAUAAAAAAUACAUUUGUGAUACAAUAUGGGUGACAGUCAGAGGGCUAAGAUAUUAUUAUUAUUUUGUGAAUUCUCCAUAAGGUAACUAGUGUGUUAAUACACUAGUUACCUUGAUUAAAGUGAAAAACAACGUAAAUCAAGCACAAAUAUUGGAGAAGAUACAGCCAAUUGAAGAAGAGCAUUGCUGUAUCUUCUCCAAUAUUUGUGCUUGAUUUACGUUGUUUUUCACUUUAAUCAUAUUGUAGCACAAAGCUUAUAUGAUAAUUUUUCAUACACUGGUUACCUUAUGGAGAAUUCACAAAAUUAAUUGAUAUUUUUACUCAACCAAUUCAUUUUCAUUGUUUAAAAAUAUUUUUUGGCUGAAAAUGUUUCAGGCUUUUGUUUUGUCUUGAGCUCAAAUUCUGGUUUACAAAAAUGCUGCCCUUAAUUUUAUAGUUUUUCUGACUAUUGCAAAUGUUUUACAAGACUUGCAUACCUUUGUGACAUGGCAUCUGCUUUAGUUUUCUUUUUAUCACAUGUGUCAUUAGAAUUCAUAUGACAUACCUUAUUCUGAUUUUUUUUCUAUUGAUUUAUAUAAAGAAAAUUAACUCAAAACUUCUAGUCACUUAGGUGUUGAAAUCUUCAUAUGUUAGUUUUGUUUAAAAAUUAUUAAUACAAAAAUACUCAUAUGACUUAUCAUAAUAUGUAUGCUUUUCUGAAUAUACAGUUCCUAUUUUUGAGAAGAUAUUAGUAAACUUGCUGUUAUUCAGUAGCCUUUUUUAAAAAGUAAACUUGAUUUGCCUUUAUGUACAAAUUAUAGGUUCAUGUACAAAUGUUUGCACUGUGUAAGAAGUGUUUGUUAUUUAUAUAAAACAUGUUGCAAUAUUCUCGGCUGUACUUGUAUUGAAAGAGCAGAGAAGUUUUUUGAGAAGAAAUAA